UAUUUAGUUGCUAAUCACAUAACCCUUCCAAUCAGUCUCUCACCAUCAGCCAGACCGCAACAGCUAUGAAGAACCUCCCGCUCAUCUUCCUUAUGCUUUGCAUUGCGGUUAAAAUCCAUCUUUCGGAGAGUUUUCCUCAGUGCUGUCCGAUGAUGUGUUGUUCUUGCGGAUGUGGAUCGGGUCAAGGGUCGUCUUCCGGCUUCUCUCCGCCCGGCGAUGAUCCUAGCGAUGGCCAGGCUGAUGACGGACUUGUCAGGAAAGCUGGGAAGCGUCAUAGGUGGGAAAAAGCCGAUACUAUCAUCAGUGGAGUGCAGGCUGUAGCCGAUGUUGGGAAUUUGGUCAAGGAUGUCGCGCAGGCUGUGUCGAGCAGCGGCGAUCAUGGUUCCUAAUUUUUAGCAAUUAUCAUUGUUGUGCGUCUUAAUAUCAGAUAUACAAAAUUGUCGAAUACUAACUCUGGAAACUAACCCUUUUCAAUAAUUCUGAACUGAAUAUAAGAGUAUUAUAUUAUUGACAUGUUUUUGAAUUAAAGCUUCUACACCAAGUGGUUUCGAAAAAUCGAAAUUGCGUAAGUGGUAUAUUUGAAAAUAAACGCAACAUAUUCGAAUAUUUAAAAA